GCGGCGAGCAGCGACGCCGUAUCUUUGGAUGUUUUCCGCGACGGCUUGCAGAUUUUGAAGGACGACGGCGUCGAAUUCUCCCCUGUCUCAAAACCCGCUAAGGACAGCAACCCCGUCAUCCUCCUGGAUAGUGACGACGAUUCGCCUGCGCCUUCCUCGGCGAUCCCAGCCAAGCAGCUUGGCGCGCUCCUUCCAGCGGAGAUGGUGUCACUGGCGCCACGCACCGCCAAGCGCAGACUCGUCGCGCUGGAGGCGCGCGAGAAGGGGGCCGCGCCGUUUACGCCAGCCGCUGGCAAGAAAAGACGCAGUUCCAAGGGGCCUGGAAAAUCGAGCGGGGAGAAAGACAAGCGUGCUCCGGUGAAAAAACCCAUCGCUGAUUCGGCGGGGUCGCCGACCGAACCCCUGGAGAAGGCUGUGGCGCGCGGCCCGACGAGUGGGAAGGCACCCCGAUACGAGUUGUGCGCCAAGGGGAGGACGAGCGGCAAGCGCGUGUUUCUGUGUUCUCUGACAGCAUCUAACCCGUCCGCUGGCGAUUUCAUGAAAUCUUUGGUCGAGCACGUGAACGCCACCAAUUGCAACAAGAUUGAGGCCCUGAAG